UCCCUGCCUGUGGCCCCCGUUUCCCCAGUCCCCACGUCCGUGGCCCCUGCUCCCCCAGUCCCCCCACCCCUGCCCGGGGCCCCUGCCCCUGGAAUCCCCCCGCCCCCAGGGCACGCGCUGAUGCCCGCCCCACGCCGCAGCAAGCUGCGCAGCUUCCACUGGACAGUGAUCCCGGCGGAGCGGGUGCGCGGGCGCCCCAGCGUGUGGACGGCCAGCAGCCGGCAUGACCGCACCCCCCUGGACGUGGCGCACCUGGAGGAGCUGUUUGGGGAGCAGCCGGGCUGGGGCCCACGGGGGCCCUUGCUGCUGGGCCGGCCCCAGGGCCAGGUCUCUCUCCUCGACUCAAAGAAGAUCCUGAAUCUGGAGAUAUUUCUGAAGCAGUUUAAGAGGCCUGUGCAGCAGAUCGUGGCCGAUCUCCGGGCUGGCGCUGGUGCCCUGUACGGGGCUGAGAAGCUGCUGGAGCUGUGCAAGAUGCUGCCCGACGCAGACGAGCAGGUCAAAACCCUGAGGGCGUUCCAGGGCCCCUGGAGCCAGCUCUCGGACGCCGAGGCCUUCUCGCUGCUGCUUGUGGGGGUUCCCAGCUACGCCCGGCGCCUGGAGCUGCUCGUCCUGAAGGAGGAGUUUUUCCCCCAGCUCAACUCGCUGAAAUCCUCCAUCCAGAUCUUGACUGAGGCGGCUCGGGAGCUGCUGGGCUGUGAGGAGCUGCACAUUGUCAUCCGCCUGGUCCUGAGAGCUGGCAACUACAUGAACACGGGAGGCUACGCUGGCCAUGCCGCAGGCUUCCGGAUGGCCUCUCUCCUCAGGCUGGCAGACACCAAGGCCAACAAGCCAGGCGUGGACCUGCUGCACUUUGUGGCCAUGGAGGCUGAGCGGAAGGACAGGAGCCUGCUGGAUUUCCCAAGCAAACUGGAGCACGUGGGGCUGGCAUCACGGAUCCAGGAGCAGGAGGUGGCAUCGGAGCUGCAGGGCCUGGGGGAACGCCUGGCGGGGGCCCGCAGCAGCCUGCCGGAGCUGGGCCCGGGGCAGCUGGAGCCCUUCCUGCAGCUGGCGCAGGCGGAGCUGGGCACGGUGCAGGCGGAGCUGGAGCGGCUGCGCCAGGACACGGCCGCGCUGCGCGACUUCUACUGCGAGGACGAGGCUCUGUUCUGCCUGCAGGAGAUGUGUGCCGUGCUGCACGCCUUCGGGGGGCGCUUCCGGACGGCUGUGCAGGAGAACCGUGCACGGGAGCAGGCCGAGCAGCGCCGGCAGCAGCUGGAGCGACAGCGGCAGGAGAAGCGCCGCUCCAUCGCCACGUGCUCGGCGCAGGAGCCGGAGCUGCAGGACGUGGAGCUCGAUUUCCUGUUGAUGCGCACGCCCCAUCUGUGCCGCCGGAGCCGCACCCCCCGGGGUCCCCGUACCGGGCCCUGCGGCAGCCUGGACUUGGGGGCCGGGGUGCGCCCCGACCAGGCUGCCCUGCCGGAGCCCUCAACCAGGGAGACCGGCCAGGGCCGCCUAAGCCGGCGCCACACACUCGCCAUCCUCCCAGCCCACCCCGAGCCCCAGGACUCCCUGGGCCCAGCGCCUGCCCCCCCACCAGGGCUCCCUGCCACCCCUGUGGGCAGGAAAGGGGGCCUCAUGGCCUGGCUCCCUGAACGGCUCCCGUCCCCUGGGGCCUCGCCAAAGGCCGUGGGCUGCUCCCUCGACACCUCACCCUCCCGCUCUUUCCCCAGCCUCUUCCGUAAGAAGGCUCCCUCCCCGGGGGCUGAGGGGCAGGCUGGCCCUGUCUCCCCCACGGCCUCACCCAAGGGCGUCUCCACCCUCGCUGGUUUCUUCUGGCGCCUCAGCUUGGCCGAGAAGCCGCUCAGGCCCUCCCAGAGCUGAGGGGGUGGCAGUGCCCGCCCCUCCUGGCCCAGGGUGCAAGGCUGCCUUGCGGCUAUAACGGGGAGACUGCUGGGGGGCCCAUGCUCCUGCCCCCCAAUGCCAUGGUCAGGGCCUGGGGACUUUGGUCCCCACCCUCCCCUCAGGGUGCCCUGGCCUGUGCCUUGGGCCUCCUGCCGGGCACCAUCAGCCGCUCGGCCAUUUUAACUGUCCCUGUCAGCACCCUUUGCUGGUUGCUGGGUUUGUUUGUUAAUAAAUCACGAGGAACAUG